UGCUGCUAUGAACAUGGGUGUGCCAAUACCCCUUUGGUCCCACUGUUUAUUUUUUUUCUCUCUUCCCUCCCCACCUCCCCUUCCUGGGUCAUGGUAACAAAGGAGUUGAUAAUGGCACCCAAGACUGAAGAGACAGACCUUAGCAUGAUAAGGCCAAAGAAGUAAGCUAAAAUCAUACCCCACUGUGACUUUCAUGGGUCCCAGGCACUUUUGCCUUCAUGGGUCCCAUCCUUCACGAAAAAAAGAAAAAAAAUUUUAAAUUAUAUUUUACAACUAAGUUGGCAUAAAGAUGACUAUAAUUCCAGCCAGAUUAUAUAUAUUUCCCUUCUUAUUAAAAAAAAAAAAAGUGAAACAUUUGCAAGGGCCCCCAAAGUGUCGUGGGCCCUAGGCAACUAAUAGGUAGGUCAGCCCUGCUAAGAGGUCAGGCCUGGUUCUUUGAAAGGCCUGAUCGCCUUAGAAGCCCUGCAUCUGCUGCCUGACUGUUCCACCCACACCCUCCAUAGACUCUAAUAAGCGCAAAUAAUUGUGAGAAGAGAGAUGAGGUUCCAGAGAGAGAGAGUGUCCUCAAGGGCCACUGGAGAUGCUAGAAGCCCCUCCCGAUCGCCCGCCUGCGAUGGCCAAGGGCACUGCACCACGGCCGCGCCUGGAGGUUGACAACCAGGUGUGCCACCGACCUGCACCAUAAAAGGUUUCCUUGUCCCUGAGUCCUGAGCGCCCUGACUCCUGGCUGCUCAGCAGGCCCACCUGCCACGUCCCCUUCGUUUGGGACACUGUGAUCUCCUAGCGACCACAGUGGCCUCCUCACUGGAGCCAGAGGGGGAAUCUUUCCACAAAACAGAACCGACCGUAUGGCUCACACAACACCCCGCCACGCCCCAUUUAAAACUCCCCGGAGCUCCUGGCUUAGGCGACCCUCGUGAUCUUGUCCCUGCCUAGUCUCUCCGGCCAAGCUCUUUUGCUCCCCCUGAUAUUUCCCCAAUCUGUCCUCAUCCCCUGCUGGUGCCGUCCCCACAGCAAGCCUUCUAGUCUAGCUGCCCUUUAUGGCUUCUUUCAAACGCCUUCGAUUUCCCCGUCCUAGCACUUGAGUGGCUUAACUUCUGGAGGCCUUUGCUUCCUUGCCAGGAAAGGGAAUGAUGCCACCAGCUUCACAGAUAUGAAGGAGGAUUCAAAGCCUGUCUUACAGACGGCCCUUGCUUUCACAUCACCUGGUCUGGGCACAGCCGACGGGGCCAGGGGUCUAUGCUGUGACCUGGGUCCGAGGCUCUGCCCUAACCGGGCCAGCUAGAUUCUCUUUGUUGACGUGGUCAGUACGGGCAGCUUCCUUUCCCUCUGCAAGCUUUGGGUGCCGGUCUGUACGAGAGCGCUAAUGAUAGCAUCCGCCUUGAAGGCUGGUGGGCUGGUGCUAAAUGAGACACCGCUUCCUGGGGCCUAGCGCGCCGUCUGGAACAGGGAAGGCACACAGCCAGUGCCAGCAGCUAUUAUUAUUCCUGAGGAAGGGGAACAGGAGAAGGAGGAGAGAGUCAGCUGGGUAGAGGGGGCAGCAGAAGUGGGAAGGAGGCCAGACAGAAGUGAGACAGAUGGCGGAGGCCCGUGGGCAGCAGAAGCUGGAUGUGCGCAGGGGCUCUGAGCCUGAGGGGAGAGGUAGAGGAUCUGUUGUCUGAGUUUGCAUGGGCUGCCCUAACAGAGGACCACAGUCUGGGCAGCUUACACAACAGAAAUUAAUCUUCUCGCCGUUUUGGAAGCUGCAAGUCCACAGUCAAGGUGUCUGUAGGGUUGGUUUCUCCUGAGGCAUCUCUGCUAGCCUUGCAGACAGCUGUCCUCUCCCUGUGUCUUUACGUGGUCGUCCCUCUGUGUGUGUCUGAGUCCUAAUCUCCUCUUCUUAUACGGACACCAGUCAUACUGGCUUAGGUCCCACCCCAGUGACCUCAUUUUACCGUAAUUACCACCUCAAAGGCCCUCCCUCCAAACACACAUCCUGAGGUCCUGGGGUUAGGACUUCAAUACAUGACUUUGGAGGGACACCACUCAGCCUAUAACAGCUGGUGAGGGGGUCGUUGGGAGAAGGGGAGCAGGAAGGUUGGAGACAACAGAUUCCUCUUAAUAACGGAGUGCCUGCAUCCCAGUCUGAGGCUGGAGGGACGGUUCAGUUCUGCCCAUGAGGCCCAGCUGCAGGGUUAGAUGCCCGUCCCCCCCCCCACACUCAGGCUCCUUCCAGCCACAGAGGGCCUCCCUAUGUGUGAAGCACUUGGCACCCUGCCUAGCCCAGGAAGAGCUCUACAAAUCGUAGCUAUUAUUGUUCUAAGGGUUAUUUGAUCAGUGAUAUUAAUUUCAGAAAAAAAUAUCAAUGAGGUCAAAAAUAUUAAGAACCUGAUUACAUAAUGAUUACCGUUACCGUAAAAUUGGAGCUGUGGCAUUAUUAAACCUAGAGCCUUCGUAACAUACAAUAAUAAAAUGGAAAAAAAAUGUUAGGACUAGAAGACAUUGACAGAGGCAUUCAUUGCGGCGAGAACUGAAUUUCAUCCUACUGAGUGCAUAAAAAACAAGUAAUUGAUCCAGCAGUUGCCCCUGUUGGGAUUUUUCCAAACGAGGUUAAAACUUACCAGCGCGCAAAAACCUGCACGUGGAUGUUUACGGCAGCUUUAUUCAAAAUUACCAACCAAGACGUCCUUCAGCAGAAACAGAAGAGGGUCACCAGGCAACAGUCAGUGGGAAGCGGAGGCCCUUCAUCCAUCAGCCAGCAAGGGACUGAAUCCUGCCAACAGCCACCCAGCCAGCAAGAUGGAUUUGAGAUGAGUCUACGUCUCCCAUCUUCCAGGCCCAGGCCGCACUAGGCCGACGCGGCGGAUGACGCCAUCGGAUGACGCCGCGAGAAGGUCACACGGGAUCUUCCAGCAUGGCGGCGGCGGCGGCGCUGCGGGGAUGCUGGUGCCGCUGCCCGCGGAGAUGCCUUGGAGGUGGAGUCCGUUUUCUCUCCGGCCACAACCUAGUGCCACUACCCCAUGGUACCUAUCAGAUGCCCCGGCCGAGUGGAGAGCUGACCCUGUCCAGAUCCUAUUCUUCCGGAAACAGGAAAGGCUUUCUCUCCGGCUUGCUAGAUAAUAUCAAACAAGAAUUAGCCAAAAACAAAGAAAUGAAAGAAAGUAUAAAAAAGUUCCGAGACGAGGCCCGGAAGCUGGAAGAGUCCGAUGCGCUCCAGGAAGCCAGGAGGAAAUACAGAACCAUUGAAUCAGAAACCAUGCGGACGGGCGAGGUGAUCAGGAAGAAGCUGGGGGAGAUCACCGGCACCGUGAAGGAGAGUCUUGACGAAGUCAGUAAAAGUGACCUUGGCCGGAAAAUCAAGGAGGGUGUGGAAGAAGCAGCCAAGACCGCCAAGCAGUCGGCUGAGUCUGUGUCCAAAGGUGGGGAGAAGCUUGGCAGGACCGCCGCCUUCAAAGCCCUCUCCCAGGGUGUGGAGUCCGUCAAGAAGGAGAUCGACGAGAGUGUCCUGGGGCAGACCGGGCCCUACAGGCGGCCCGAGCGGCUCAGGAAAAGGAAAGAGUUCUCGGGAGAGAAAUUCAAGGAAGAGAAAGUGUUUGAGGCCAAUGAGGAGGCCCUGGGAGUCGUGCUGCACAAGGACUCCAAGUGGUAUCAGCAGUGGAAGGACUUCAGGGACAACAACGUGGUGUUUAAUCGGUUCUUCGAGAUGAAGAUGAAGUAUGACGAAAGCGACAACGCUUUCAUCCGGGCGUCCCGCCUGCUGACAGACAAGGUCACAGACUUGCUGGGGGGCCUGUUCUCGAAGACGGAGAUGUCGGAGGUGCUCACGGAGAUCCUGCGGGUGGACCCCGCCUUCGACAAGGACCGCUUUCUGCAGCAGUGUGAGAACGACAUCAUCCCCAACGUCCUGGAGGCCAUGAUUUCUGGAGAGCUCGACAUUCUCAAAGACUGGUGCUAUGAAGCUACCUACAGCCAGUUGGCCCACCCGAUCCAGCAGGCCAAGGCGCUGGGCCUCCAGUUCCACUCCCGCAUCCUGGACAUCGACAACAUCGACUUGGCCAUGGGCAAGAUGAUGGAGCAGGGCCCUGUGCUGAUCAUCACCUUCCAGGCCCAGCUGGUGAUGGUGAUCAAGAAUCCCAAAGGCGAGGUGGUCGAGGGUGACCCGGACAAGGUACUGCGAAUGCUGUGCGUGUGGGCUCUCUGCCGAGACCAGGGCGAGCUCAACCCCUAUGCGGCCUGGCGGCUCUUGGACAUCUCCGCCUCCAGCACAGAGCAGGUCCUCUGAGCGCAGCAGCCACGAGUGGGGCCUCGGGGCUGGAUCGUCACUGCAGACACACGGGGGACUGGUGUCCACCUGCAGCAACUAGACCUCUGGGGACAAGACUGUCAGCUGUGCCCCCGCCGUGCCAGGACUGCUGCAGGGCUAGCGGAAUGCGGCGGGGAAGGGAGGGGCUGCUGUGCACAACGCCAGCCCCAGCACCGCCCCUCUGCCCCAUGGGGGCUGCUUGGGCCGUGGGCACCCAGGCUACGGGCAGUGCCCAGAGGCCCCCAGCCCAGGGGUACCCUCCCAGGACCCAGUGGUGCGGCCUGGGCCCACUGGCCACAUCAGCCAGGCCGUUUCAGCCUUUUUUUUUUUUUAACAAUGCCCUUAUUAUUAUCCUAUACAUAUGCAGAGAUUUGGAAAUAAUAAAACACCAAAGUGCAGGAGAGCAAC